UAAAAGGUCUGGCUUCCUGCGCGCGCUCUCUCUCUCUAAUUAGUGCGCGUGGACCUCUGAGUGAAGGUGGAGGCUUUUGCUCUUCGCUGCCGCGCGGCUCUGGAGCAGCUUGUUCAAUGGAAACUUUGAAAAACACAGUAAAAUAUGUGCCCCUUUACUAAAAUACUUUAAAGUACACGAUGCUGCCGAACUCUCCCGAUGUCUGACGGGGUAGAGGAAAACGAAGGCGGUGGGAGAGCACAUCUGUCGGAGUCUCCCUCGCCGCCUCUCUCUGUCAGUCUUCCCCGAGGAUCUCCUUCCUCUUCGCGGCCCCUGGACUUCUUCUCCUCAGCCUCUCCACUGCUUGGGGAAUCGGACCCGCCUUUUCUUGCCUCCUCAGAGUGUCUGCACCCGUCCCCAGAGAGCCGGGAACUCGGGGGCUCCACAUAUUUCACGCCGCCAAAGUUCCGCCAGGAUGCCGCGGAAUCCGGGUGUACCUCUUGCUCGCGGCCGGAUGUGCGUAUAGAUGUCGGAUACGAACAGCGCGAUGACCCGUUUCCCAUGUGGAGAGGACGAAGCUCGGAAAGCACUGAGCGCCUUCAGCACCGUGGACAGAGACCCCACAGGGCUCCGGAGCUCUCAGACUACGGGAACCACUUCUCUGCUGAGCAUAUAGACACCGAGUUCAGCUCAGAUACCCGGCAAUCGGUAGAGGCCAUGCAUCGCCGGCACACCACGCUGAGGGAAAAGGGGCGUCGCCAGGCAGUGCGGGGUCCUGCCUACAUGUUUAAUGAGCGCGGUUCUGCUCUCACUGCAGAGGAGGAACGCUUUUUAGAUGCUGCAGAGUAUGGAAACAUUCCUGUGGUGCGCAAAAUGCUAGAAGAGUCCAAAACACUGAACUUCAAUUGUGUGGACUACAUGGGCCAGAAUGCUCUACAACUGGCAGUGGGCAAUGAACACCUGGAAGUGACUGAGCUGCUGCUGAAAAAGGAUGGUCUGGCAAGGAUCGGGGACGGCCUGCUUCUGGCCAUCUCCAAAGGCUAUGUCCGAAUAGUCGAGGCCAUUCUCGCCCAUCCCGCUUUUGGUGGAGGUCUUCGUCUCGCUUUGAGCCCUCUAGAGCAAGAGAUGCGAGAUGAUGACUUUUAUGCAUACGAUGAGGAUGGAACCCGUUUCUCACAUGACAUCACACCCAUCAUUUUGGCAGCUCACUGCCAAGAGUAUGAGAUUGUGCACAUCCUUUUGACGAAUGGGGCCCGCAUAGAAAGGCCUCAUGACUACUUCUGCAAAUGCUCAGAAUGUGUGGAGAAACAGAAGAAGGACUCCUUCAGUCACUCACGCUCCAGGAUGAAUGCAUAUAAGGGUCUGGCCAGUGCAGCUUACCUGUCGCUCAGCAGUGAGGACCCUGUGCUCACAGCUCUUGAGCUCAGCAAUGAACUGGCAAGACUCGCCAACAUCGAAACAGAGUUUAAGAAUGACUACCGUAAGUUGUCCAUGCAGUGUAAAGACUUUGUGGUGGGCGUGUUGGACCUUUGUCGAGACACAGAAGAAGUUGAGGCCAUUCUGAACGGUGAUGUGGAUCAGUGCCCACCGAGCCCCUACAACCGACCCUGCCUCAGCCGCAUCAAGCUGGCCAUCAAAUAUGAAGUGAAAAAGUUCGUUGCACAUCCCAACUGCCAGCAGCAGCUGCUGACCAUUUGGUAUGAAAACCUACCCGGCCUGAGGCAGCAGUCCAUUGGCGUAAAGUGCUGGACAGUCCUGGGGGUGACUGUAGGUCUACCGUUCCUGGCUAUCGCCUACUGGAUAAUGCCAUGUAGCAAGCUCGGUCAGAUUCUGCGCAGUCCCUUCAUGAAGUUUGUGGCUCAUGCUGUUUCCUUCACCCUGUUCCUUGGCCUGCUGGUCGUCAAUGCUUCAGACCGUUUUGAAGGUGUGAAGAACCUGCCCAACGAGACCAUCACAGACCACCCCCGACAGGUGUUCAGGGUCAAAACCACCCAGUUUUCAUGGACAGAGAUGCUGAUCAUGAAGUGGGUGUUAGGUAUGAUUUGGUCAGAAUGUAAGGAGAUUUGGAGCGACGGUCCCAGGGAGUACAUCAUGCACCUUUGGAACGUUCUGGACUUUGGCAUGUUGUCCAUCUUUGUGGCGUCCUUCACGGCUCGCCUCAUGGCAUUCCUGAAAGCAUCUAAGGCCCAGCAGUAUGUAGACCUGCAUGUACCAGAUGAAGACCUCAGUAAUGCCUCACUACCCGAUGAAGUGGCUUACUUCACUUACGCCAGGAUCAAGUGGCGCCCCUCUGACCCUCAGAUUAUCUCAGAGGGUUUGUACGCCAUUGCCGUGGUGCUGAGUUUCUCACGCAUCGCCUACAUCUUGCCAGCCAAUGAGAGCUUUGGCCCACUGCAGAUCUCUUUGGGACGGACGGUCAAAGACAUCUUCAAGUUCAUGGUCAUCUUCAUUAUGGUGUUUGUGGCCUUCAUGAUUGGGAUGUUCAACCUCUACUCGUACUACCUUGGGGCUAAAUACAAUCCUGCCUUCACCACGGUGGAGGAGAGUUUCAAGACUCUUUUCUGGUCUAUCUUUGGGCUGUCUGAGGUGAUCUCUGUGGUGCUAAAAUACGACCAUAAGUUCAUAGAGAACAUCGGCUACGUGCUGUACGGAGUCUAUAAUGUCACCAUGGUGGUGGUUCUCCUCAACAUGCUAAUUGCAAUGAUCAACAACUCGUACCAGGAGAUAGAGGAAGAUGCAGACGUCGAAUGGAAGUUUGCCCGCGCCAAGUUGUGGCUGUCCUACUUCGACGAGGGUCGGACCCUGCCUGCCCCAUUUAAUCUGGUUCCCAGCCCCAAAUCGUUCUACUACCUAGUCCUACGCAUCAAAUCAUGCUUGAUUCUGCUGUGCAAGGCCAACGGCCGCCGCCGCAACAAUGAGGUGGAGAUGGGCACGCUCCACUCACAGGCCAAGGAUGAACGGUUUAGGUCUUACGCACAAUCAGGAGAGGAGUUCCUCCAGAGAAAAGCUCAAAAACAUCCCACCAGAUAUCAGAUGAUCAUGAAGCGGCUUAUUAAACGUUAUGUGCUGAAAGCUCAAGUGGACAAAGAGAACGAUGAAGUGAAUGAGGGCGAGCUGAAGGAGAUCAAGCAAGACAUUUCUAGCCUCCGUUAUGAGCUGCUGGAAGAGAAGUCCCAGGCCGCUGGGGAGCUGGCUCUGCUCAUCCAGCAACUCGGUGACAAGUUUGGCAAAAACACCAUGAGACACUGACAGGCCUUGCAAGAGGGGGCGGGAGGAAGGAGGGUGAAAGAAGGAGAAGGUUGGCGGAGAGAGCAGAAUGGGGCCAGGUAGUUCAUGACCUCAGUGGUAAGAGGGGAGACAGUGGAGAGGCAGGAUGGUUAUGUGAAUGGACAAGAUGGAAUAGUUAGACGCUAAAAAGUUUUAAAUUGUGCCGAAUUGAAAUGAGCUACCUUUAGAUAAAACCCAAGUGCUUUGGAUGUAUAGUGACCAAUUAGAGAAGAAUCCUAGAAGAAGAUUGUAACUGCAACUGAGUGUGAGGGUAAAUGGUGAGUUGUAAAGUAAACUCACUAGGAAGGGCUCUGUGUUGACAGCUCAAUUCUAAUUAAAGAGAAAGAGAAGCGAGAAAGGAGAAGAUAGAGACGGGUAAGAAGAAGAAAGUGUGGGGAGAUUUGAAGAGACACCAUGGGGCACAACAGCAAUGCAGUGCAGCAAUGAGUGCCCCCACACCUACUGCCAAGAGAUAUCAGUGUAUCAGCUUAUCACCAAUUUAGAGGAGAGAGGGGAACCCAGCGAAGGGAAGACACUGGGAUAAGCGAGAGGAGGAUGAGAAACUGCCAGUGCCACUCAUAACAGAGAAGCCUGCUUUGUACUAUAUUUUUAAUUUGUCAGAAGACGUUCUGAUGCCUGUCGAGAUAAUGCACACACCUUUAUAAACAAGGCUAUCUAAUUAAUGCAGUUCCAAUUCAUAAUGCACAAUCUAUGAUACAAGUGAAAGAUAUAACAAAAGGCUGGAAGAUAUAUUUAUUGCACUGAUGUUAAAUUCUUUACAGAAAUCACUUAAAAAUGAAACAUUUUUUGUGUCUCAUAGAAAUGAACUGAAUCACAAUUACAACCAGAUAAUUAAGUGUUAGAUGCACUAAGUCAGCAUAAAGAUAAGACAGUUCCCUCAACUGACCUCCCUGAGAUAUUGAUGACCAAAAAGAAAAUGUGCACCUGCUAUACAGCUGGGAAGAUCAAUGUUUUUCUGAUUAAAUGUUUUUCUAGUAGGCCUAUUGGCAUAAAAAUCACACUGUCAAUAGCAACCAAAGUAAUCCCCACAUAUAAAUUAAAACAAAUCAUAUCAAAUCUUGAAGGAUCUAGGGUUUCUUCUACGUACUCUGAUCUUCAAUUGUUUACAUUGAUUUUCAUUUGAGAUUUAGUUGACCGACUUGUCCUUUCUUGCAGCGUUCUUGUUUUGUCUGCAACCAUCUGAGGGUUUUCAUGAUUCUGUGUGUUUGGGAUAAUAUUGCUAAAAGAUCCACCCUCAUUGUAUAUUCAGAUGCUUAUCCAGAAUGUCCGAGUAUAUUUCUUCAUUUAUCCUUGAUUCAUGUUCCGGCAAGUACUAUAUGUUGAAGAAAAGCUCCUCACCGUGACAUUCUCACCUCCUGACUUCACUGGUGGUGUGGUGUUUAUGAGCAAUGUCAUUCCUCCUCCACACAUGGUUUGUUUAACAACAUUCACAGAGUCAAAUUUUGGUCUCAUCCGACCAGAGUAUAUUCUCCUAAUAUUUCAGUGGCUUUCCCAAAGGUUUUGCCACAAACAUUAAAUGUGUUUCAACAUGCUUUUUAUUCAGCAGUGGAGCCUUGUGCAUUCAAUGUGCAAAGGGGCAGGCCAUGCAUAGAAACUUUAUGUUAGUGGUCCUUGGCGUUUUUUCUUUUUCUUUUGACUGCUCUCGCAGAUAUCUUGAAAGUAUGUUGUUUAAGUUUUUUGAUUGUGCUCACUGGAGCAUUCAGAAGUACAAAAAUACAUCUAUAACCCAUGAUAUUAGAGUGUUUUGCAACAGUAAGGGUGUGAAAGUCUGGAGAAGUCCUUGCUUUUCUUAUUGUGAUAUGUUUCUAGUGUGAUAGCUUGGCAAUGAUACAUCUUUACAAUAAAUUAGGUUAGCUGAUAUUAUUUUCCACUGAUAGGAGACGGGAUUUCUUUCUAAAUACUAUUUGUUUGUUUUCCAUGCCUAUUAAAUAAAAGCAGGUGCUUUUAUUUAAGUUUCCUUUUCCCAAGGUCUUCCCACUUCAUUAAACUGAACCUAAGUUACGGACUAAAUUGUCUUGAUUUCUAAAUAUGUUCUAGAGUUGUUAGCAACAUCUGGUGUUAAUUUAAUAUACGUAAAGCUUUAGGAAAUAUCAUUACUAAGAAAAACCUUAAUGUGUUCAGUACUUACUUUUAGUCUUACCUUGCUUAAAAUUUACAUGGACCCCAUUUUCAGAAAAUUACCUGAAAAAAUCAAAACAUGUCGGCAGAGUUGUGUUUGCAGCUUUAAAAUCCCGGAGUCAUUGCUUGAGGGGAAGCAGUGCAUAUGGGAGACGAGAAAACCUCAGAGAUGCUGGAAUUUAUUUCUACAUGCAUUGAUUUGGCUAUAAAGGUGAGACUCUAUUACAGAGGCAGCGUGGAGUCAUUUUAUGGUCUAUUAUUUUCUGUCCCCAAAGACUGAUGCACAGUCUUGAGACUUCAGCAGUGACACUAACAGUCUAUAGGCAAGAGCUAAAUCUCAGCUUAGCAUUAAAAAAUAAAUGUCUAAUUUCAAGUAAUUCAAUCUUUUAGUUAUGCAGUGAUUACUUUGACCUUCACACAAAAAGAUGUUGGCAUGUGGUUUGCCUAAGCAGCUUAAAGAAAAGCAAUUCUAAAAGUUUGUAAUUUAAGGCCUAUUUGUAAUUUAAUUUUUUUAAUAAUCAGUUGAUCAUUAGUUAAGUGCUAAUAGGCUACUUUUUUUGCAUUGAUAGACUUUUAUGGAGAGACCACGAUGUGACCAGCAGCCAUUAAAAUCUGCACAGUAAUAACAGUAGGCGCCCAUGCAAAGAAAAUCAAUAUUUGUCAUAUUUGCAUCUGACAUGCUCAGAUUGUCAUUAUAAAGCCCAUAACAGACACCACUCUUCUAAUAAUGAGAGGGUGACUGAACGUUAUGUCUACAUGAGCACUCUGGUGCUUUUGGUACAAAAUGAGACAUUAACCUCCCUUGGUCAAAUGUAAUAAUAUUUAUUCACCACUUUUACUACGGCACACGUUUGAGCCUUUUCCCAUUGCUACUUUACUCUUUUUGCAGCAGUUUCUCAAUUUUGUGAGGCUGGCAAACAUCUUUCUUGGUUUGAUGUCAUUACUUUUAUUAAACUGUUGAUGAGGAACAAAUCAGAAUUCUUUCUGAUAGACUGAACAUAUAGAAGUAAGUAAUUUCAGCUGCAUACAUUUACUUCAGAGGAUUGUAAGUUAAUUUUGUUUGUUUCACCUUUAUCGCUACAGUCAUGAAAAAUGAGGACACCCCAUUAUAAUUAAAUGUACACAUAUUGAUGUCUAAUCUUUUAUUUUAUUUGUUUUCUUGAAAAAAACAUUAUUUUGUUGCUUGCAAACAUCAAAAAUUACGCUUUGCAAUUACCUGAGUAAAAUGACCCAUUUUACUUGUGAAACAAUAUGUUUUCUAGCUAAGAAAAGGUUAGGACACCAUACCCUCUAACAGCUAAUGUUACAUUCGUUGGCUGAGAGGCUUCUUGCAAACAUCUACCAGUCUCUAACACAGGAAAGUUUGCCCUUCUCCCUUCUCCCACAUGCAAUAAGUUUGAGGGAUUUCUUGCAUGUACAGCAUGUUUCAAUUUAAUUCACAUCAUUUCAAGGAUAUCAAUAUCUGGGAUUUGACUCUGGCCAGGAGCUUCCAUUUUUCAAUUAGUGUCACAUUUUCUGAUACACUGAUACUGAUACUGGUAGAAUUAAUGGUGGAUUCUCUGAUCCAUCCCCAAACCAUGAAACCUCCAGCUCUAUGCUUCAUAGUUGUCCAGAAGCUUCUUUUCUGGAAUGUCAUACGUGGUUUAUGCUAAACAUCUCCUCUGUUUUGGUUUCCAAUAAUCCAGUUUUAGACACAUCUUUCAAAAGAAUGUUAGUCCACAUGACCUGUCCUUUCCAUUCUUUUUCUGUGGAAAACUUUAGUUUGACCUUCAUGUUUUCUUUGAGAGCAAAGCUUGUCUUCUAAUACAUAUUUUUAAGUAAAAUUGAAACCAAUUUUGGUGUCCUCUGCAACAGGAGGACACCAAAUGAAAUUAUGUCAAAAAGGGGUAAAUACUAAAAUGGUGUAACAAUUCCAUCUGUUGUGACGUGUGUGUAACUUUAGUCAUUUUAAUGGGAAUAAAUGAGAGGGUGUCCUUAUAUAUAUAUUCCUCACAAAAAAAAUUGCCAUGUUUAUUACAUUUUACAAAACAAUUUAGGGUUUUUUGUUUAUUUAUAUUACUUGAACUUCUCUGUAUUGUUAGAAAUAAUAUUAAAUAUAUAUAUGCCCAAAUAUCCUCGGAAAAUACAUAGCCUGUAGUAAGGUGUCUUGUUUUUGAUGACUUUAUGCCUAAAUAAUGGCAUCAGGAUAUUUAUCAUAAACUGAGCUAUUGCAAAAUUACAACAAGAAAUCACCUUGGCAAAAUGAAGAAGCCAUUAUUGUUGCUUGUGUCAGCUGCGUAAAGAAUCUGACUGCAUUACGGAAAGAAUCUCUACAGGGAUAAACCUUUUCUGUUUAUGUUUCACUUCUCAGUCCAGUUUUAGUCUCGUAUUCUCUGUAAGUGCCUGCGUUAUUUGUGCCGUGACACAGGUUGUAUGCUAUUUACAAGAAACAGAAGUCUCUUUUUUUGUGAAUUCUGCAACAACUUCUUAAAAUGUUAGUGGAGGUACUUUCCAUUCUGUUGCCAGACCAUUUUAGUAGCAACCUGAGCAGUGAAACAUUGUCAAAUUGUCCAACCAGCUGACAUCUCUAAACAUUUUUUUUUUUUUUUUUGGGAAAAUUCAAACAUUUUCUUACCCGAUCAGCAUUGACUGGCUAUAAUCUGAGAUAAAGUAGCUCUUUAGUUUUAAAGCACAACAUCAAUUUAAUUUUCUUGAUAAAUGACAUUAUCUGCUAGGGAUAGGGGUUCUUCUCUUCUGUAAAAUAUUCAUCCUUUACAGAGUUAAAGCCUUUCACCCACCAGCAGAACCAGGCUCAGAAGACCCAGAGUUUCUAUCUGAUCGAAUGGCUAAUGCACAGCUUCAUUUUUUACCUGCAGUAACUGCACUGGUUUCACAUAAACAAAUGUUAUUUAGAGUCCAGUAUUCUUUUAGAUAGGUCAAACUUUUAGAUAAGUAGGUUUAACUCAAAAGUGUCUUUAUAUAGUUAUGUCGUGUGAAAGCUGCUGAUUAGUCCGUUUUUUGUUUUUGGUUUAUAAAAUAAGACAAACAAUAAAAUUUCCCCUUGAGAAGGUUUUAUGAUUCCUAUACAAACAAAUGAUCUGAAAUACUGUAUUUUUGACUUGUACACAAGAAAUACUCACCAAAAUCUUGUACUGUAUAUUGUCAUAUUUUUGAUCCUUGAAUUAAAUAGAAU